AUACAAUUCCAAAGACAUAGAAAAGAAGGUAUAGAUCCCACUGCAUUUGCAGAACUUCUCAUGGUUUCAGGUGUUGUGUUAAUGGAGGAAGUAAAUUUUUUAAGUUUUCAUUCUGGUUAUGACUUCGGUUAUCUGUUAAGACUUUUAACAAAUCAGGAUCUACCAGAAGAUGAGAAGGAAUUUUUUGAGUUACUGAAAACAUAUUUUCCAAAUAUAUACGAUAUAAAACAUUUAUUGAAAUUUAAUAAAAACCUGAAAGGAGGUCUACAACAUAUAGCAGAUAAAUUGUGUUUAGAACGCGUCGGACGAAAACAUCAAGCUGGCUCAGAUUCCCUUCUAACUGGUAUGAUUUUUUUUAAAAUGCGUAAAAUACACCGAGAAGAAAAUAAUUUAAGUUUCGAACCGACAUCUGUGUAUAUAGGAUAUAGUUAUAAUUAUAAUCGAGACACAGAAGUUGUGCCUGAACAUGAGCAUAAUAUUUCAAGUCCUUAACUAAAAAUUUUGUUACCAAAAUUUGGCAAAAAAUAAACAAAAAUUAAAGACGUUAAUAUAUAUUUUUUGA